GUGUGGUGUCCAGAACAGAUCCAGCCCUGUGGGCCAUACGAGACCAGACCUGGAGAGCAGGCCCAGGCCGCCACCAGAGACCACCACCAUGUCUGAACAGCCUGCGCCUGCUCCUUAACACCCUGUCCCCCCAGCCCCUCUCACCAUCCCCCUCCCUCCCUGUGGAUGCCCCCCUGCCUGGCGGUGGUGGAGGAGCCUCCUCUGGUGGGGAGAUGAGCCUGCACCAGCUGAGGGGGGAUCGGGGGGGUUCUGGGUCUGAGAGGGACCUUCAGUCAGCUGCCUCCUCUGUCAGCCUGCCCUCCGUCAGGAAGGCCCCCAAGAAGAGACGCCUCUCCCUGCGCUCGCUGUUCAGCCGGCGCCACCGUGGGGACCGAGACUCCAAGAGGAAAUCACAGGACUUAAAGGGCGGCGGUGUGGACGGGAUCGCCAGUGUGGAGAGCAUCCAUUCAGAGAUAUGUCAUGGAGACAAGACCUCGACGCUCUCCGCCCCUGUUGUGGCCUCUUCCUCCUCUGAGUUCCUGGAGUGUCCUCUCUGUCUCCUCCGCCACGCCAGAGACCGUUUCCCUGACAUCAUGACCUGCCACCACCGCUCCUGUGCUGAUUGCCUGCGCCAGUACUUACGGAUAGAGAUCAGCGAGUCGCGCGUCAACAUCAGCUGUCCAGAGUGCUCCGAGCGGUUCAACCCCCACGACAUCCGCAUCAUCCUGGGAGACCAGCCCCUCAUGGAGAAGUACGAGGAGUUCAUGUUGAGGAGAUGGCUGGUGGCCGACCCUGACUGCCGCUGGUGCCCCGCCCCUGACUGCGGGUAUGCAGUCAUUGCCUUUGGCUGUGCCAGCUGUCCUAAGAUCACAUGUGGACGUGAGGGGUGUGGCACAGAGUUCUGCUACCACUGUAAACAGCUGUGGCACCCCAACCAGACGUGCGAUGCCGCUCGGCAGCAGAGAGCCCAGAGCCUGAGGCUACGCACCUUCCGUUCCUCGUCUCUCAACUACAGCCAGGAGAGUGGGGCUGCAGCUGAUGACAUCAAGCCGUGUCCGCGCUGCGCUGCUUACAUCAUCAAGAUGAACGACGGCAGCUGUAACCACAUGACGUGCGCCGUGUGCGGCUGUGAGUUCUGCUGGCUCUGCAUGAAGGAGAUCUCUGACCUGCACUACCUGAGCCCAUCAGGAUGUACCUUCUGGGGUAAGAAGCCAUGGAGCAGGAAGAAGAAGAUCUUGUGGCAGCUGGGCACGCUGGUGGGCGCUCCGGUGGGCAUCGCUCUGAUCGCUGGCAUCGCCAUCCCCGCCAUGAUCAUAGGCAUCCCUGUCUACGUGGGGAGGAAGAUUCACAAUCGCUAUGAAGGAAAGGACAUCUCCAAACACAAGAGGAACUUGGUGAUAGCGGGUGGCGUGACCUUAUCAGUCAUUGUCUCCCCCGUGGUGGCUGCAGUUACUGUUGGUAUCGGAGUACCCAUCAUGCUGGCAUACGUCUAUGGGGUGGUGCCCAUCUCUCUGUGUCGCAGCGGUGGGUGUGGCGUCUCCGCCGGUAACGGGAAAGGGGUCCGCAUCGAGUUUGAUGACGAGAAUGAGAUGAACGUCGGAAGUGCAGCGGCUGCAACUGACGCCACGUCGGUGGCAGAGACCAGACACAACCCCAGCAUCGGAGAGGGCAGCGUGGGGGGCAUGACGGGCAGUCUGAGUGCCAGCGGGAGCCACAUGGACCGAAUGGGCGCCAUGAGGGACAACCUGAGUGAGAACGCCUCUACCAUGGCCCUGGCUGGGGCCAGCAUCACCGGAUCUCUGUCUGGCAGCGCCAUGGUCAACUGUUAUAACAGGUUGGAGGUACAGGCUGACGUUCAGAAGGAGCAGGGUAGUCUGAGUGGGGAGUCGGCCAACGUCAGCUUGGGGACAAUCAGUGACAACACGAGCACCAAAGCAAUGGCUGGAUCCAUUCUCAACUACAUGCCUCUGGACAGAGAGGGUAGUCUGGAGGUGGACAUGGAGGGGAAGCAGGAGAAGAAGCUCCAUCACCAUAGCAACAGCAGCAGCCUGGACGACGGCAGCGGCGAGGGGAGAGGGGCGGGGGUGUGUCCCUCCGGCUGCCCCCAUGAGUCUCGCUCCUCCAAAUGGGUGAAGGACCCCUCUUCCUCGGGGGGCAAGAAGAGCAAGGGCAAGCUGAGGACUAAGAAGAGCAGCGGAGGAACUAAGAUCCAGGAGACCCGUGAGGACAUGGAUGCUCAGCUUCUCGAGCAGCGAAGCACUAACUCCUCAGAGUUCGACUCCCCCUCCCUCAGCGGCUCCGUGCCCUCCGUAGCAGACUCCCACUGCAGCCACUUAUCAGAGUUCAGCUGCUCUGAUCCUGAGACCUCCAGACCUCCUCCUCUCACCCCCUGCUGCAUUGACCUGCACCCCCAGCGCCCCCUCACCUCCCUGGGAACAGACCUGGUCACCGUCACCCCUCUGCCGGAGGUGGAGAACGACCGUCUGGAGAACUGUCCCGCUGCAUCCCACUCCUCCUCCCCUUCCUCCUCGGCCCCCGUCUACACAGAAGGAGGGUUAGGAGGUAUGCUCCUCUACAUCGCCGAGGAGAGCUUAGGUCUGAUGAGGACGACGCAGGAGGAGCUGGACUCCCUCGCGGUGGAGGAGGUCCUGAAGGAGACCAAUAACAACAUGUUGGAUGGAGGUGUCGUCUCCCAGCAGCCUUCCAGCCCUGUGAGGAGUGGCUGUAUUCAGACUGAGAUAUAAACUCUCCUGGCUGGCUGAAUGGCUGACUAGCUGGCUGACUAGCUGGCUGACUAGCUGGCUGACUAGCUGGCUGACUGGCUGGCUGACUGGCUGGCUGACUGGCUGGCUGACUGGCUGGCUGGCUAGCUGGCUGACUGGCUGGCUGACUGGCUGGCCGACUAGCUGGCUGGCUGACUGGCUGGCUGGCUGAAUGGCUGGCUGAAUGGCUGGCUGAAUGGCUGACUAGCUGGCUGACUAGCUGGCUGACUGGCUGGCUGACUAGCUGGCUGACUAGCUGGCUGACUGGCUGGCUGACUAGCUGGCUGGCUGAAUGGCUGGCUGGCUGAAUGGCUGACUAGCUGGCUGACUAGCUGGCUGACUAGCUGGCUGACUAGCUGGCUGACUAGCUGGCUGACUAGCUGGCUGACUGGCUGGCUGACUGGCUGGCUGACUGGCUGGCUGACUAGCUGGCUGACUGGCUGGCUGGCUGAAUGGCUGGCUGACUGGCUGGCUGACUAGCUGGCUGACUGGCUGGCUGACUGGCUGGCUGGCUGACUGGCUGGCUGACUAGCUGGCUGACUAGCUGGCUGACUGGCUGGCUGACUGGCUGGCUGACUCCAGGGCUACUACUACAGACUGACCUAAUGUUUAUGCCAGCUUUUUUCACAGCUAACCUGAAAUGCACUUCUGUCUCUGAGUGGUGCUCGCUUUACGGAAGAGUAGAGAGAAAGACAGGACAGCAGAGGUGAUUGUGUUUUAUCCAUGUCUGCUGCUAAUAUGGAAGAUAGAAUUAUGUGAUGGUUGAGGGUAGACUGGGUCGUGAUACAGGUGGAUGAAUAAGGUAGUGAUACAGGUGGAUGAAUAAGGUAGACUGGGUAGUGAUACAGGUGGAUGAAUAAGGUAGACUGGGUAGUGAUACAGGUGGAUGAAUAGGGUAGACUGGGUAGUGAUACAGGUGGAUGAAUAAGGUAGACUGGGUAGUGAUACAGGUGGAUGAAUAAGGUAGACUGGGUCGUGAUACAGGUGGAUGAAUAAGGUAGACUGGGUAGUGAUACAGGUGGAUGAAUAAGGUAGACUGGGUAGUGAUACAGGUGGAUGAAUAGGGUAGACUGGGUAGUGAUACAGGUGGAUGAAUAAGGUAGACUGGGUCGUGAUACAGGUGGAUGAAUAAGGUAGACUGGGUCGUGAUACAGGUGGAUGAAUAAGGUCGUGAUACAGGUGGAUGAAUAAGGUAGACUGGGUCGUGAUACAGGUGGAUGAAUAAGGUAGACUGGGUCGUGAUACAGGUGGAUGAAUAAGGUAGACUGGGUAGUGAUACAGGUGGAUGAAUAAGGUAGUGAUACAGGUGGAUGAAUAAGGUAGACUGGGUAGUGAUACAGGUGGAUGAAUAAGGUAGACUGGGUCGUGAUACAGGUGGAUGAAUAAGGUAGACUGGGUCGUGAUACAGGUGGAUGAAUAAGGUAGACUGGGUCGUGAUACAGGUGGAUGAAUAAGGUAGACUGGGUCGUGAUACAGGUGGAUGAAUAAGGUAGACUGGGUAGUGAUACAGGUGGAUGAAUAAGGUAGACUGGGUCGUGAUACAGGUGGAUGAAUAAGGUAGACUGGGAGAACGCUGUCCUAAUGGUUUUAGGGUUUUAUUCUUAUAGAAGAGACGUUGGCAGUCUUGAUUAUAUCUCAUGUCCAGAGGGUUUUUGGUCGGUGGUAACAUUUAGAUGGACCAAGGCCCAUGGAAGGUUCCAGUUAAAUGUACGAGGACAGAGUGUAUGGCGCUGAUGUAGCAGUGUUCUAUACCGACCUUCACAUGGGGGACGGAGUCUCUAGAAGUCCACAAGACUGUGUCCAUCCAGGAAGCUUCUAUGGAUCAGACCCAAAACAAGCUGCAUCUCAGGUGGCUUCCUAUUCACCGGGUACUGCGUUACUAAAUGAGUAGGGUUCCAUUUGACACGCAGACUUCUACAUAGUAGUAAUGAUAUUUCUGUGGUAGCCAGCCAGUCAGCCAGCCAGUCAGUCAGCCAGCCAGCCAGCCAGUCAGCCGCAUCACACCACAGCGUAAAGGAUUGUCAAGCUUCAAUUAUAAUAUAAACCGGUCCAAUGAAAAGAUCAAACGGACCUAAGAGGGACCAGUCAAUAAGUCAUUUUUAUUUUCCCGUGAUGAUUCUAUAAAAAAUGAAUAUUAGUUUUAAGAUGAAUUUUGUUCUGUAGUUUAGUAUUUUCCAUGUUGAGCCCUGUGCUGGGUCAGAUCCUGUGUUAGGGGGGCAGCCAGGGUGAGCAGAGGGAAGAAAGAGUCAAACAAUUUAACCCUUUUGUCUUCUUAAACAACACAGAUUUGAACUGUCAGGAUUGGAUUUACAAUAUCAGUAAAUCUAAAGAACCGGGCCUCAGUUGAGCCGGUAAAGAACCGGGCCUCAGUUGAGCCGGUAAAGAACCGGGCCUCAGUUGAGCCGGUAAAGAAUCGGGCCUCAGUUGAGCCGGUAAAGAACCGGGCCUCAGUUGAGCCGGUAAAGAACCGGGCCUCAGUUGAGCCGGAUCAUCAGCAGAAUGAAAACCGUGAUGGUUUGGUAUAAAGGGAACGAUAAGAGGUUGACUCUCUACUCAUUCUGUUAUAAAUGUAGAUCACUUCUAAUUAAAAGUCUAUGGCGAUUUGAA